CUAAUGUACGGCGACUCCGGCCGGCGCAGCUGUUUACGGUCAAUCCGCGAUUGCGCCAAUCGAGGAACUGUGUCCGUUGCAAAGCCGAUUCAAAAUCCGACGCUGCAGCUUAGUGUUUUCUCGAGUUUUUAAAUCUAAAUAUGUACCUAUGCGAAUUCGUCGCUCGAAUUCGCCUAAAAUGCGUCACUGCCAUCAGCAACUUCAAAUAAUCAACGUAAAUAUCGUAAUGUAGGACCGUACAUAUUUUCUGAAAACUUGCAAAAUCUGAGGGGAUCGUACAUUUGAUUUCAAGAUGAUUUGGCUUUUAUUAUUCGUCACUCAUGAAAUAUGGGCCACCUGCAGUGGCAAUAUGGUCCUGAGGGAUUUGGGAGAAAGAGAAUAUUCUUUGAUAAAAGCGAAGUCAUCGUUGCCGCAGCACGGAAAAUGUUGGCACACCGCGAUCCAAGCGUUGGAGCACAAUUGCGACAAACUGAAUGACCACGAGCAUUCGCUUCUCGCCCUGAGCCUGGCAAACUGUUUCCUGGAGGAUUCUGGUCACGCGACCUACGACUGCCAUCUCAGUGAAACCGAAGACGAGCGUCGGAACUGCAUUGGCGGCAUGGCAGACCGGGCGUUCAGUGUUUACAACGAAUUCUACACUCACGCAACUCACAUCUGUUUCUUUUUGAAUCACGAGGCUUGGCAAACUGAAGUUGAUAGCACUAUAAAGCUACUGUUUCAAGUGUCCUCCCGAAUGAAGGAUCAACUACUGGAAGCAUCGGAAAUGCAAGGUGUGAUAUUGAACAGUCAGAAGGAGGGUUUGCGUAUUCAGAACGAGCUUCUCGAUCACGGCAAAGAACUCGGGACUGUGCUAAAAACCUCGUCCGAGACGGUCAGCAACAUGGUGUCGGAUUUCAAAGAAUCGGCUAAAGACCAGAAGGAGCUGCUCUAUGAGAUCUUCUCGUAUAUACGCACCUUCCAAGGCUGGAUCAUGGGAGAGGUGUCCUGGUUUCAAUCCAUUAUAUUCUACACCGUCAGCUGUAUUCUCUGCGCGUUGUUCAGUGCCUCGAAAAGAACGGUCGACGCAAGAGUCACGCUCUUUAGUAUCCUAAGCUUAAAUAUAGUGGCUGAGAGAAUACUCGUUCAGUAUUACGACAAGAUUACUCUUCAGUCUCCAGACGACAAGGUGCACCUGCUGAGUACAACAUGGUUGUACAGAAAAAUUGCCUUAACACUUUGUGCUGUAACCUUAUUCUGUACAUAUUACUACUACAAAGACGGACAGUUGGAGAAUUAUAAGGCUUUACGAAGAAUCGAGCAGCAGUUGGAUGUCAUACAGAAAACUACAAUUAUUUCCAACAUUGAACCAAUCCGUUACUCGAAACGGCUCGCGUUGAAACGUUUGCAAACGGUGUCAGAUAAACAUCGGGAGGACAUCGCCGAUGUUACAAAUGAAAAAUAAUUAUUUUAAAUUAAAAAAAAAUCAUCAUGUACACGUUUUAACAAACAAUUGUAUAAAUUGAAAUAAAGCUAUUUAUCGAUCUUCACACAUAA